AUGGAUAGAAAUAAUCCAAUAAAAGAGAAGUUAAAGAUGGAAGCUUGGGAUAAAUUUGCAACUUGGGCUUAUUCGGUUGGUUUACCCUUCAAUGCCGUACGUGAUGAAGGUUUCCAAGAUAUGAUCAAUGCCAUUGGAGAUUAUGGAAGAGGUAUGCCAGCUCCAUCUUAUCAUAAUAUUCGUGUGUCAUUGAUGAAACGAAAGUUGGAAGAAACGAAAGAAUUUGUGGAUUCGUUUCGGCCACAUUGGGAAGAAUAUAAGUGUAGCAUCAUGUCCGAUUUUUGGACAGACGGGAAAGGAAGGUGUUUGAUAAACUUCCUAGUCAAUUGUCCUUUUGGAACGGUAUUUUUGAAAUCAAUUGAUGCAUCGGAGCAUGUGAAGAGUGCUGAUUUAAUUGUGAAGAUGAUAAAUGAGGUGAUAAUAGAAGUUGGAGAGGCGAACAUUGUGCAGUUCAUUACAGAUAACGGGUCAAACUUUAAAUCCGCUGGAACGAUUUUACAAGAACAACAUCCUAGGAUGUUUUGGACUCCUUGUGCAGCACAUUGUGUGAACCUCAUGAUUCAAGAUAUUGGUGAGAAAAUACCAAAGAUAAAGACUACCCUGGCUGAUGCAAGAGCAAUUGUGGUUUUCAUUUAUAACCACGGAAGGAUUCUUAAUCUAAUGAGGAAGUUGACAAAAAACAAAGAGUUGCACAGGUCUUGUGUAACUAGGUUUGCAACUCAGUUUUAUACCAUUCAGAGUGUCCACGAGAAUCGACAUCAUAUUCAAGUAUUGUUUGUCUCUGAAGAAUGGAGGAAAAGUAGUUUUUCAAAGACAGUGGCUGGAAAGAGAGUCGAGCGAAUAGCGGGAAAAACGGAAUUUUGGGACAACAUACAACUAGCUUGUCAAGUGCUAGCUCCUUUGGUUGAUGUGAUUAGAUUGGUUGAUACGGAAGAGAAGCCAAGUAUGGGUUAUAUCUAUGUUGCAAUGGUUAGAGCAAAGGAGCAAAUCACGAAAAAUGUAACUGAUGUAAAACUUGUCCGUAAAAUUAAAAGUAUGAUUCAAGCAAGAUGGACCGACCAACUUCAUCACCCGUUACAUGCAGCUGGAUAUUACUUGAACCCCGCUAUUUUACAUGGGGAAAAUUCGAAAGAUAAAAAAAAGAACGCGGAAGUUUUGACGGGACUUUACGAGGCUAUUGACUGUCUAGUGCCCAUUAUAGAGGAGAAUGAUAAAGUGAGGCAGGACUUGAAUCUAUACAUUGAUUCAGUUGGGCAAUUUGGAUCCGCGGCUGCUAUAAGGGGUAGAAUGAAAGUUGCACCAUAUAUAUGGUGGCGUACAUAUGGGAUCGACACACCUUUGCUCCAAUCAUUUGCUAUUAGUGUCCUCAGUCAAACUUGUAGCACUUCACCUUGUGAACGCAAUUGGAGUACAUUUGACAAUUUACACUCAAAGAAAAGAAAUUGUCUUUUGCAACAAAAACUCAAUGAUCUUGUAUUCAUUCAAUACAACACAAGGUUACAAAGGCGCUUCAACUCAUUAAAAGCCAACAGAUCUUUGGAUCCCAUUUUGUUGAGAGAUGUAGAGGAAAAUGAUGAUUGGGUUACACCAACACAAGAUGAGCUUCAAGACUUUGUUCAGGGUACAGAUGGUCUUCGUUGGUCGGAUGUACGAGAGGCCAUGGGAGGAAACGAAGAAGUUGGGCCAAGUACUAGGACCAAAAGAUCACGCUAUAGAGAUGAUGAUGAUGAUGAUGUUCCAAUCAAUGUGGAAGAUGAUCUUAAUGUACAAUUGGAUCAGAUGGUUGAUGUGGACUCGGAGGAAGAUUUUAUGUCUUAUGAUUAGGUUUUAGUGUUUUAGGUUAUGAAUUAUGAUGAACAAAUGAACAAUCGGUUGCCUUGGUUGAUCUUGAUCAA